AGAGCGGGGAAGUUGGUACGACACUUGCAAUGCUUGCCGACGUUGUUAGCAAAGCCCGAGACGGCAUCGAUGUAGCGAUCAAGGCAGGCAAGGAAGGAUGGCAGAUUUUAAUGGUGCAAGGGCGUUCCGGUAUGGAGUUUGUGAUUGUACAAUCUCAAGAUGCACUGUCAUACAUUGGUUCGCAUCUGCAGCCACAAGCAAGAUCCAUUAUGCAGCUUUCUUCAGAGGUCUUCUCCACGUGGGCAAUUAAACUGCAGUCUCUGCAGAAGCAGCUUCUGAAUCAAUCAAAUCGUGGUCCCCUGAGCUAUGCAGGAUUAGCGGCAGGAGCCUUGUUUGUUGCCAUGCCUAUCGCUCGUUUUGUGUUCAUGAAGUUUCUUCAGAAGUCAGCCGGAGCAAACAGAAUUAUCUACUCGAAGGAGCUCGACAACUCACAUCAUGGAUACAAAAUUGACAACUUGCAGGCCGGUGAUCUGGUCAUGGCAGCCGUGAGCCCCGUUGAAGCGGUUGAGAUCUAUGCAGCGAGCGAGAAGAUGAAAGUUCCUUCGGCCUUCUUGAACCUCGGUUUCGACGGCUUGAGCAUCUUCCAGGAACUCCUCCAGCGCAACCCGCGUGUAUUUGUAUACGACUUUAAGAUGCUCUCUCCCAGUUCUGCUAUCAAACUUGCCAGGGACGUGAAGAAAGCAGGGCUUCGAUGUGAGCUCGUGGCCGUGGUGAGGAAUGACAUGGAG